AAAUAUCAGACGGACCCACUUCCUGUUUUGAUUUAUUUCCCUCCUGGGUCAAAAGGAAAGAUGAUGACAGCGCUGUGCGCGUUUCUCUCUACAUAACUUCAUCUUUCUUUCUCUCUUUCUCAUCCCGGGUGUUAAAUAUAAAGCAGUCGGAGGUCGUCAUGGCUCUGAGUUCGGGGGUUUGGGCUCCGGUUUUUCCGUCUCCGGCGCUCCAGCAGGGCUCGGGCUCGGGCUGCGGCACGGUGCUGAUGUCGGUGCGCGUGUCGGUGUCGCGGGCGACGCUGCGAGCUCUGCGGCCGCUCCGCUCUCCCGGUGCCGUCGAGGAUGACGCGGCUCUCCGCCUGCAGCUCAGCAUGGACCCGAACCGGCCCGGAGACUUCCGCCUCACCCUCAGAGACUCCGGCAGUAACGGCAGGAUCAUGUCUCUGGCAGAGUUUGAGCUGCGUGCAGUGAGGUACGAGAUCAAGUCGCCUCGCUGCCACGAGCUGUGUGUCAUCAAGCCGCCGCACGACACGCUGACCUUCACCUUCCGCAGCGAGCAGGAGGCCCAGGAGUGGGCCACUGUCAUGAUAUCAUCACUGAGGGAAGCCCACAGAGUCGCAGGCAUCGCCACUCAUCCCACUGAUGACUCGGUACACUAUCUGAAACCUAUCGAGCAGAGCGCAGCCUUGUCAUUAUCAGCUAAAGAGGAGCUGUGUGCUGAGCUGGCCAGAGCCAUCGAGGCCGGAGACACUCAGGCGGCAGUGCAGCACGCUACGUCACUGGCGCACCAGCAGAUGGCGCUCACCAUCCAGCCAGCUCGAAAGGACUCUGAAGACGGCGAGAUCAGCUUAGCAGUUGCAGUUGAAGAUGCCACGUCAUCCUGUUGCGUCACAGUAAAAGUCAUCCCACACAUGACUGUGGCGUCUCUCAAGCAGCAGAUGUUUGCGGAAUACGGUUUCCACCCGCGAGUGCAGCGCUGGGUCAUAGGUCAGUGUUUGUGCUCUGAGCAGCGCACACUGGUGUCGUACGGCGUGUGUCGAGAUGGAGACACAGCGUUUCUCUACCUCCUCUCAGCUCGCCACGCCCGCCUCAGCCGACUGCAGUGCCAGCAGGACCAGGAGAGCGCCCUCCUCGCACCCGCGCCCAAACCGGCACCAACCCCGGCACCAGCUAGUCACGACUGGAGAGGAUACAGCACGCUGCCACCCCGACUCCAUCACUCCAACCCAGGAAGCAGUGGGGGCGGAGCUGGGAAGCACAGCAUCAAUGACAUCAACCUGGAGAGAUUGCAGCUGGGUGGACCCGGGGUGAGACCAACAAACACACAGCUGGGUUGGUCGUGUCCUUCAUGUACUUUCAUAAAUAAGUCGACGAGGCCCGGCUGUGAAAUCUGCAGUACAGAAAGACCCACUCGGCCGGAGCUCAGCGCAUCUGAGGAGGCGGCUCUUCUCCUAUAAGAGUUCUCCAAUCCACACUGUGAACUUUUUCAGCCACAAGGAGGCCAGUAUAGACAUGGACAAGACAUAUCCAUGCACACACAUUCAUCUGGCACAGGAUUCCAUGUGCUGAGUGAACCGAGGUGAGAAAAAGCGUCCCUGAACUCUAGGAACUCCCUGACCUAUCUACGAAUCUCUAGUGCGUGCCAUAUGCCAUGUUCUUUUAUUCAAGCCACUAUUGCUCAAAGACGUUUCAGUCGCAGCUGAGCCGAGAGCAGCUGAUGACGAGCGAAUGAUGAUGAGGAGGAGGAUGAUGAAGAGGAUGAACAUUCACAGUGUAGAUCAUCAAACAUCAGCUCCUUUAUGGUCCUUAAAGUGCAGUGUCUCUACAAAUAACCAGCAGUUUUAGCUUUUCUUUAAAGUACCCCUGAAUUCAAACACGUGAUUUUUUUCUUUUUCUUUUAGUAAGCAAUAAAACACAUAACGCAAGAAAAUAAUCAAUGACAGGGUGGCGUGAUGAAGCGGCGUUACUGUUUCCACCAUGAAGGAUUGUUUUCCAGUAUCACCACAUCCCGAAGUGUUCUAUUCCUCUUAUAUUACAGCAAUUUGCCAGCAAUGUUUAAAGAGCGAAACAUCAUAGAUUUGUCCAUUUAGAGUUACAGUUAACAUUGUGGAACGUCUGCAAAACAAGUUCCUGUUAUCACUUACGUUACAGCAGCUAUUAACACUUGUUCCCUCAGCAGCCUCUCUUUCCAUCUUUCUUGAAGUUACUAAAACGCAGCUUGUCAUGUUACCGAGAAACCUCAAAGUGUAAACUCCUUACUGACUGUAACAUAGCUCCUUCCAUAAAUGUUAGAAGUCUCCUUCUGGAAAACUUCUUUCUAUCAGCAGUUUAUACGUCUUUGUCAAGUAACACGUUUUUAAUCUGUUCAUUAUGAGUUAAUGGACUGAACGUCUAUUAUUCAAGUCCAUGUGCAAGUUGUUACUAUAGAAGCAGCAAUUUAUUAGAACUGUCAGACAUACCUUCUGACCUAUCAGAAUUGAGAAUUCAAUAGCUCUGUCACAAAAUAAGCCCAAUUAGAUUGAUAGAUUGAAGAUUUCACAUCCGAUAUCCAAAUGAUUAUUCUAACGUAAUUGAGGAGAAUAUGAUACUCGGACAAAUCGAGACUCAGAUACUGAAAUCCCACUUAGCUGAUGGUAGAGGAACAAGAAUAAAUUCAAUUAGAAAAUACUACUCUUUGUGAUAGUUUUCAUGGACAAUAUUAAACCUGAACUGCAGCAUGUUCACAAAAAUCUGAAGAUUAGUAGUACUGACAUGGGGGAAGGGGCGUACCUAAUUUGCGUAUUCAUGCAUAGAUCCUUGCAUGUGUAGAGAUGGUUCUAGACCAUUUUUUUUUUAGUAGUUUUGAAUCAUUUGUAAUUCUGUACAUUGUAAUAUCACCUGUUCAGGGACACUUUAAAUAAGAGGCACAGGGAAAAAAAAAAAAGUCAUCUUUUCACUUGUAAAUAUAUCAGGCAUAAUUUCUGCAAACACCUCGUCCUCACCACAGACUGGAGUCGAAUACUUAUUCAAGUGAUUUAUUUUUUUUUUAUUUUUUUUUUUUUGUGUGUGUGAAUGAAUUCAGUUUCAGUUUUAUUUAAUGUUUUACACUAAUUAAGACUGUAGUAGGAUUUAAAAAAAAAAAAAAACUCUGGAUUCACUGUUGAUGCAAGCUACACCUUGUAUAACAAUUUCAUUAAAGCUCAUUAAUGCAUAUUUGCAAAAUUAGAAAUGACCGUGUUUGCAAGAUUGUUGCAGUUCCCUAAGUGAAUUUUGGUGAGACAGAAAUCCUACGAAACUCUUAAUUACUGACUUGGAUUGUGCUUGUUUUUUUUUUUGUUUGUUUUGUACUGUUUUGUACUGUUUUCUCUUCCAUAAAACUAUUAUUGCAGAUAGUUACUGGACCUCAGUCUGGCCUCUCUUGUUAAAAUGAUUAUAGUAAAGAUAAGGAGUCUGAUGUAGCAUCUCAGUAAAAUGCUCUUCACCAGCCUUAAAUAGCAUAAAAAAAAAAUUUAAAACCUGCUGAAGAUAUGAUUCUCACAAAACCAAAACCUGUCUAAGAAGAUACAGCAUCAGCAUUUUACUUGUGCCACAAGCUCAUGAUUGUAAAUGAUUGCAUUUAUUAUUAUAAUUAAGUAAAUUAUAUUUGGUGUUCAUUUUAUGGACAAUAAAAUUAUGAGACAAAAA